AUGGAGAGCAGCACAUGCGCUGAUUCUCAACGCUGGAGAGCUCUGCACGGAAAAAGAACUGAGGAGCUUCUGAAGGGUUCUGCUGCUGGCCUGCGGACGUCAUGGGAAGACAGUGGCUUUAAAGGCCUCCAUAGACGUCAACGAUACGCCACAAGCACUGAGGUUGCCGAAAGCCUUGUUUGCGGAGGUGAGCAGUCCAGCAAGCCAACUAGCGCUAGGAAGCUCGAACUCUAUCAGAGAAGAAAUUCCAGCAGCAAGCUUCAAGAUGCCAUCAAAUGGACAGGUGGCCAAGAAGAACCUGGAGUUUUGAAUCUGCAAGGGUUACAAGGAAUUUCGGUAGAUAGCGCUCACUUUCGGUCUGUGCAGAGCCUGAAACGACUUAUCCCACUUUCUGGGAAGCAGAAUAUCGGAGAAAUUUUGGAGCAUCGCUUUGUCCAUACGGGUCGUUCCGAUCCUACUGAGAAUAAUGAGCCUCAUGUUGGAGGGAAGGCACAAUCCAGGUUUCCCCGUGACUCGCACGACAUUCGAGGCAUAAUCCACCAUUCGUACUUGAGUGGCGAUCCAACUUCACUUGUGCACCGUCGCACGUCUCACGUUCACGCUGCAGAAAACCCAUGCAGAUGGGGUGUCGACGUUUUUAACUAUCAGCUACCAGAACCCAGGAAGCUACGAGGCAUAGCCACUGAAGAGAACUUAGGGGCUAAUUUGGUCCCAAAGCGGAGUCUAGAUGAGCGGUCAAAUUCCGGAAAAACGUCGAGUUGCACCACGCAGAGUCAUUUCCAAGGGCAUCUUGAGCCGUCAACGCUGUAUCCCGUGGAACGCUCAACUCAAAAGUUUUCCCAAGGGAAGAGGAGGACCACAACGGAAACAGACAGUCUCGAUCAAACGUGCACUCCCUUUAGAGAGGAAACCUUUCGAAGCAUUCGUGGGCCUGGUGCCACACGGUUGCAGAGCCAUCUACACAAUGGAUUGGUGCCUUCUGCCGAGCCAGAGUCAAGCAGAAAGCGAUGCAGCGAGCUCUGGCACACGGGCAGUCUUCAGAGGGACUUGACUCCCCAAGCUCACGUGGAAGAGCGCAGUGGACGCCGUCAGCACCCUGCAGGGUUCAAAGGUUCACUCGAAAGGAGCUCACUGAUGCCUAUAUAG